CAGAAAGUAGCUGUCAACAAAUUUGGUUGAUGGGCAGACGUAAACAAUGGCUUGAUCCCUGGUUUCCGUGGUGCAUAUUCCAGUAGAAUGAACGAUUUUGAAAAUAGUUUCAUUACCAAUGGCGACUUGAUGCAGGAUGUCGAAUUGUUCCAACCGUCUGACGGAGAAAUUCUGCCCUGCGAAGAACCAAUCCCUCAAAGCCUCCACCUGGAUCAGCUUACCGCCGAAUUGCCAACAGCCAGGAUAUUCGUGAAGAUUCCCAACAACUUCCUUGAUCCUCAGAAUUCCACGCAGUGUAAGGCCCAGCAAAGAGAUGCCCAGAACCAGGAAGAGAUCAAGUCAGAGCCGAUUAAAUUCGAGCUAGGCGAGAACCAUCCUCCAGAAAACGCAAUCCUUGUUAGAAGUGAACCACAAGGGGAAGCUGUGAGCGAUAUAGCCCCAAAUUUGAUUACCGCAAGGCCAAAGAACGUCGUCAAAUGCUUUAAGUGCACUCAGUGUUUGUUUGCCAGCGCCUUUGAGAACCGUCUGAACCAGCAUUUGAGCGAAUCUCAUCCACAACAAGCGGAAGUAAAUGACAUUAGGAGUAGUAACAACGUCGUCAAGAAAACUAGAAAAUGUCCUGCGUGUGAUAACGAAUUUCUCGCGAGGAAGGCGUUGGAAGUCCAUCUAGAGUUGGACCAUGAAAUGCCGAUGAGUGAGAUUCAGAACUUCAUUGAGGACCGAAAUGAAACUCACCAGCCCGCGCCAAUGCCCGUUCCAGAGCAGCGACCAAACCGGAUUUUCAUUAAAAGUGUUGAUGUGCUGCGACAACCCGAAACUAACUUCGUUAACACCGAGAUCAUCCAGCCGUUCUCGGAUCCAUCGCCUACGCUGGACAGUUGUCCACAAAGCGGCCCAAUCUAUAUCGACCUCAUCAACACAGAUAGUCCGAGUCAAGUGAUACUUCCUUCCUUAAUAUCUUCACAUGAAAACUCCUCGGAUGGAACCUUUCGCACAAAUAGCUGUGCUCCCAUUCCUGAGGACGUCAGCUCGCCAAAGCCGGCGCCCAAUACUGCAUGCAAGGCUAAAAUUUACAUAAAAAAUGUCGACAUUUUGAAGGAACCAAUUUUGGUGCCGCCCAUAUCAGCUUAUCCGUCCAACAUCCUGAACGCGAAUGACAAGUUAGAGCUGUUCCCGCUGGACGAAAAUCAGUCCUCCCUGGACAUUUACGACUUAAACACGAACAUGCUGAAGACAUCAAACUGCUUCAGCGGAACUGAAUUUUCCGCUCCGCCUGCUUUUGAAAAUUCGCAGAAGAAGUUGCCGAAUGUAUUGCAUUUGCGUACGGUUGACGAACUGAAUCUGAUGAAUAUGAAUGAAGUGCAAAAUCUACUGGCACCCCUUCCGGAGCAAAGCACAAAUAACAAUCACAUGACCCACCAAGCUUCGUCGAUUCCUUCCUCUGAAAACUCCAAGAGUUCCGAUGAAGUUCGGCUCCUUAAUAACAGCACGCCUUACAUCAUUCCUGACCUGCCUUACAAUGCAGACACCAGUUUCAGCAUAUCCGAGAACGAGCUGAUGCCUGCGAACUGGAGUAGUUAUUACAAUUUCGAGGAUCUUGAAAACGCUACGGUGACGCCGCUGAAAUUACAGCCAGAAUCCAUACCAAAUUCGACGCAUUUCGAUUUGAAUACGCCCCAGCAGAUUAUAGACCUCGAAAAUGAUCAGGACAUACUUUUCGUGUGUGCCCAGGAGCUGAUAGCCGAUAGCGGCGUGUUUAAUUCUCCCGAAAAAAUCCACGACGAGAUUCUGUUUCCAAUGUUCAACAAAGAAGAACAUCCAAACACGGAAAAUACCGAAAGUCAACGAGCUGAAGUUGUGGAAAUAGAGGAUGAUCUAAACCAACAAGGAGCGAUCGAAAACGAGCCUGAGAAAAUGGAAACAACAACUGCUCCAGUUGCAGAGGGUAAUGCAGCACCGAUACCAGAGAAGGGCAGGAUCUACGUGGCUGACAAUCUCAUGGAAGACCGCAGUGAUAAAGUUGAAAUCGAGUUGAGCACUAUCCGGCGAAGUCGUGGAAGGCCAGUGGGGUCGAAAAAGACUGGCAUUACAAAGUUGAGGAAAUCUAACGCCAAUGCAUCCGCUGAAGACUUGGGAUAUCAUAAAUGUGAUUUGGAUUGUGCGUACAGGUUCAAGGACAAGAGCAAACUGGAGUAUCACAAAAAAUGCCAUACGAGUUCCUCACAAAAAAUGCUGUGUCCUGAGUGCAACCAAAAUGAUUUUUGUUCAUGGAACACUCUUCACACUCACUUAUGGCGGCAGCAUAAAAUCGACAUGGAACUCUACAGUUGUGAAUUCUGCUCCUUCAAAACGCCCAUUCUGUCUCGUCUGACGAAUACUCACAUUAAAAUUCACUCGGACGAUCGGAACUUCAAAUGUGAUCAGUGCAACAAAGCCUUCAAAAAUUCUAAACAGUUGAAGGAUCACCGAAGGCUGCACAGGCUGUCAACAUUACCUCAAGAGGCUCAUGUUUGCCAGGAGUGCAACUCCUCUUUUGGACGCCUUAAAACGUUGAGGGAACAUAUCAAGAAAAAGCACACGGAGAAGGAGGGUAGCACGACGGAUGUGAACGCGACAAGAUUGCAAUGUGAUAGAUGCUCCUACGACACUGUUGACCACAAUGCCUUGCGGAGACACAAAAUGACCCAUGAGAAUGGAAAGCAAUACCAAUGUCAAUUCUGUGAUUAUAUGUGCAUUCAGAGUACCAUGUAUCAGAAACAUAUACGGCAGAGGCACCCGGAGCAUGCAUCAGAAGUCAUUCUUCAGUGCGCGCAUUGCAAUUUUUGCACGAUAAAUCGGCGGUAUUACAACGUUCACAUCGCCAAGCAUAAGAACGUCUCCACCCCCGAGAUGAACACGUCAAGCUGUGAUAAUGCCCAAGAUUGCUCAGACGAUCGGGAAGAAGAAACGAGCAUGCAGGCAGCCUAUGUAUUAGCGGAAGCCGUGAGCGGUAGUUUUGACAAGGACGACUACCAAAUUAUGGACCUGGACCGGAGCAGCGUGAUCGACCUGUACGACGACAGCAACAGCUUACGAAUUCUCGAUCUGGACCAUAACAGCAUCCACUGCGAAGUGGACAACAGGCACAAAAUAAAAGUCAAGAGCGAUUCCGUGUUGACGGACCCCAGUAAGUUUUGUACGCUAGAACCUAUCCCAAUGCCAGAUCUGCAGAUCCUGUAGCUCAUAGACUGAAUAAAAACACGGAGUUAUGUAAA